AUGAUGGAUUCACUCAACAGAAAGAGAAGCAGGACAUUGCAACCAUUGACUCCCAUAAUACAUGAUCAGGAGAAUAAAGGGACGCGACUUCAACCAAGAGCUUCAAGAGGUUACACUACGAGUUCUGAUAUCAUUCCUCAAACCUUGCCAGACAUAUCCAAUGAGAAUGCUUCCACCUUUAUGAGAAGCAAAGCACCUGUCGAAUUGCAGCCCAAAUGGUCGCAAGUAGGGUUUCAGUCUAUUUUUGAAGGUGAUCCUACUCAGAGACGGUCGUAUAAUAGUCUAGUUACCAGCUUAUCACCUGAUGAACGUGAAGAGUAUGAUACUAAAAGGCAUUUCUCAGAUUCCAAGAUUGGGGACUUUGGAGAAGGAUUGGGUAUAAGGAAUAGAAAUGAUUCCAAAAUUUCAGAAUUAGGGACGUCAGACAAUAACAACAGCAGCAUAUUUACAUCAAACUCUAGCUUUAAGGAGAAGAAGAGACACCCUUCUAUCUUUAGUUCUUCGAAAGAUUCUAAUAGUUUGAGCGAAAGAACCUCCAAAUUGUUUAAGACGAAAAGUAAUAAAAGCUCCUCUAGUAUGAGCGAUAACUUAACUGGUAAGCAAAAUGCAUUUACUAAAAUGACACGAAAAUUAUUCCAUAAUAAGCCACAUAGACACAUGAGUAAAGACAAUUCUGAAAUAAUUGUUCCUAAUUCUCUCAGCAAAUUUAUACAUUCAUCCAUUGGAAAACAUAGAUCCCCAGUGCAAUUCAUUCACAAUACGACGGGAGCAUUAAUAGAUUCUGGGAAAUCAGUGUAUUCUUUUAACCCUGGGACUUUAAACAGCGCGAAUAACGAUGUUGCUAUGACCUUGAGUCAGGAGGAAAGUUUUGAUUCCACAAACGUAGCAAUAUUACAUGAUUUGUUGAAAAAUCUACCCUCGUUCGAAGCUAAUUAUAAGACCUUUAAUAGCCAAGAAUUGCAUGUUUUAGCGGGAAACAUCUGGGUCAUAUAUUGUAAUCUCCUCAUUGAACUAUUCAAGAAUCAAAGAAUAUGGAACCUCCCGGCCAAGAUAGAAGAUAUUAAUAAAAUGCUUGAGUUUUAUAUCAAAUUGAAGACAGAUCCAAAAAGCCCGUCUUCGCAUACCCGAUUUCUAAAUGAGAUUGAAGAGUUUAUUACUACAUCACUUUAUGUGUUCGAAAAUCAAAUUGUCUUCAAUUAUAAUAACGAAAAUACAAUGAAUACUGCCCUGAAACGACUCGGAAUUAUAUGGAAGGUAUUUUAUCAAGAGGUCUAUUACGAUGUAAUGGCCUGUUUGUUACCACUUGAAAGAAACUUUCGUGAAAAUACCAAGUAUUGGACUGAUGGUGUUUUUUCCGAGACAGUAGGAUCUAAUACACCAUCUGUAGAUCAUUUGUUAUUAAAAGGGUUCCGUGAUUCUAUUGUAUUGCCAUACUAUCAAAAUUUUAUACAUAGUAAUGAUGGUGCAAGUAAGAGUUUCCAAAUGUAUAUAUUUAGUGAAGAAGAGGAGAACGGCGUGACGGAGGAGGACAAACUGACUCUCCUGCAGUGCUUCGGGGUCCUAAAUACCAUACAGGGGAACGAUAGGAAUCAAAUGAUUAUUGAAGAGUUACUAGAAGGUGUUCGGAUGAGUAUUUAA